GUAAAAAAAAGAAAAAAAAACAGAAGAGGGCGGGUUGGUGGGUGGGUGUGGGUAUGUGCGUAAAGAAAAGACCUCACGUCACGUGACCGCCUCUUACUCCCAGCCCCAUCAUUUGAGGAAUAACGUAACAUAUUUCCAUCUCAACGCCGCCGGAUCUGGAUGUCUUUUGUUUUUUUUUCCUCCAAUGUGUUUUAACGCCCAUUAAUCCGUAGGAUGCUAUUUCAACGAGCAGGGCUGUUCUAGCGAUAUUAUCGGACUAAAUCGGAGUUUUUUUUUUUAAAGGGAGCUCACAUUGAAGUCUGUGUGCCAGGAUUUGCAAGUGGAGGAAAAUACUGACCGGUCAUCAUGGCAGAAAACAACUUCCCUCCCCUGCCUCGAUUCAUCCCCCUCAGGCCAUGUUUUUACCAAGACUUCAAUGAGAUCCCAGACCAGCGUCGUACCAUGUGCAAGAGGCUCUACUACCUAUGGAUCUUGAAUAGCGCCACGCUGGCUGUCAAUCUGAUUGGCUGUCUGGCAUGGAUGUGUGGAGGCGGCGGAGCGGCCAACUUUGGGAUGGCCUUCCUGUGGCUCAUCCUCUUCACCCCCUGCUCCUACGUGUGCUGGUUCAGGCCCAUCUACAAGGCCUUCAAGACCGACAGCUCAUUCAACUUUAUGGCUUUCUUCUUCGUCUUCAUGGCCCAGGUGGUGAUCAGUAUUAUCCAGACUGUCGGCAUUCCAGGCUGGGGAGUGUGUGGUUGGCUGGCUACCAUCACCUUCUUCAGCACCAACGUUGGCUCAGCUGUGGUCAUGCUGAUUCCCACCAUCAUGUUUACUGCGGUGGCUGUACUCUCCUUCAUCGCUCUCACAAAGGUUCAUAACUUUUACCGUGGCAGUGGUGGCAGCCUGGGUAAGGCCCAAGAGGAGUGGGCCACCGGGGCCUGGAAGAACCCCCAUGUACAGCAGGCAGCUCAGCAGGCAGCCAUGGGGGCUGCACAGGGAGCCAUGCAACAGGGAGCCAUGCAACAGAACCAAUACUCAGCAGCUCCCACCUACAACUACGACGACCCGAUGUAGGACAGAGGAGGGGGCCGGGCUGCCGUGUGGGAGAGAUAAAAAGGGAUCAAUUUAGAACACAAUUCAGAAUUAGGUGCCCUUCAUUAUAACACUGUACAAGCUGAAUUCAAACAAAACAAAGUCAUAUUUUUGGUCGAAGUUUACUUUUAUUGGCAUGGGAGUAAAUCAUUUAAGUCACAUUUAAAUCAACAGUUACAAAGAAGCUGUUAUUUGUUUUGGUUCUUUUAAAUCUGCUCAGUUUUAGCCGGGCAGUGUGUUUGUUGCUUUCCGACGGAGACACAUAACAUAGUUAACACCAAUUCCCCUGAACUUCAUCAAUUUAUUCAGGUAGGUUCGUCUGUGGUCAACACAGUGACUUCUCUGCCUCUGCCUGUGUCAUACUUUAAAUACUUAAUUUAAUGACCUUUAAUGUGUUUUAGUGUACUUUAGUACAUACAUUAAGUGUUUACUUUCAUCAACCUGAAAGGUCACCAAAUGCAAGAAAUAGUUGCCCCUCAGCUGAAGUUUUGUCCAAAAUGCCCAGAAAAACAUUUAAUUACUUUUUUUGCUGAGAGUUAGAUAAGACGACAGAUGUCACUCUCUUAUCUGUACGAUAAAUAUGAAGCAUAUUAUCCUUUUAAUGCUGGAUGAGAUUGUCUUUUUCUUACUCUGUAUGGAAAAAGUUCAGAUAACAGAAUCAUUUCAAAAUAUACAAAAUGUAAAAGUUUACAGGAUGAUGAAUAAAACGUAAUCAAGUAAUUAGUCUAACAUAAUUUAAAUCAGAAGAUGUUUGCUGGAAGCAGUAUGAGUUUAUUAGUGUUAAAUCCCGAGAAAACCUUUUGCAAUUCAUGUUUUGGUGACCUGAUUGUGUUUUGUUUGUUUGUUUACUGAUGAAAAGUUUCUCUGCUUCAGUGAACCUUUCAGUUUUAUUCAGCAUCUAUUCACAUUCUCAGGAAAGGUGUGUUAGCUGGUUUUAAAUUCUACCUGUGAAGCCCUUUGAUUGUCAAUGUAUCAGGCUUUUUUUUUUUGUUUCCGUUUAUUAGCAUUAUUCAACCAUUUUGGGGUCAUUAACACAUCGGUUAUGUGUUCAGAAGGUUGAUUUCAGUGAAAUAAAUUCUUAUUACAUGUUAAAAUGAAGCACAUGCAGUAUUUAGGAUUGCUAUUUAUUGGAUAAAACAUUCCAAAUCAACAUUGUACAGGUUAAAAGUGAAAGAAAAACCAAAACACUUGCAGUUUGGACAUACAGUAAAUAUUAAUAAUCAUUGUUGUAGGUGGUCAUAGCAUUGUAUGAAGUGAUGGAUGUUUCCCCACCCUUUGGCAAAUUCUCCCACUCACCCCUACAUGUAAACGCUUAAAUGACUACUUGUUUCUGAAGCUCUGGAUUUCAGGCCUUGGUGUGUCAUUCCGUGGCUGUUGGUGUUAUUCUAUGAGUAGGUGUAAUAUGACAUUUAUAUAAAAGAAAAUAGAAUAUAAAAUAAUUCAAGACAACUAUUUCUUUUAUGACGUGAACUUGAGAGAGAAGAUAUUUGUGUGUAGCCCUCCUCGUGAGGCCUGACUGUGUCAUUGAUUUCAGUGAAAAGACUUCUUCAAGAUUCAGUAGAUGGUUAUUUACAGUAAUACAGUAUUAGACUUGAAACAGAUGUGAAGAUACGUAUCCGAAUGCUCGUUAUUCCAAAAACCUGUGCAUCGUCUUGUCUGAUUGUGAUGAUGUGGUAUUUAAUAGGCUGUUUGUUGUUUUACUUUUCAGUUGUUGUUUUGUGUACUUUGGAUGACGUGUGGAUGAAUCACGUAUGUUGUGUCUUUCUUUCCAUGGCUGUGGGUAACAGAUUUAUUAUCUUUUUUUUAAUUAUAAUUUCUUUUGAAACUUUUCAUGUUUGCACCUGUGCAAACUAAACUCACAGUGAAUCACAGUGGAGCAAUACUAACAUAGAUAUAUAUGAAACAUUAGAAUUAGGAUCACGUGGGGGGGUCCUGUUGAGCAGGUUUUAAAAUAUAGACACGAAUAGUGGUUAUGAAUUGAAAAAAAAAAGGGGGCCUGUUUUCAACUAGUAUAAUUUAACAACUGCAUAACAUUUUCACCAGCAGAGCCACAUACAGUAGUUAAGAUGUUUAACCCUGUGAACGAUUCACGCGCUCAUCUGUUAGUAAAUGCACUAAAUUUAGCCGGUCGGUUCUAUGAAUGAAGUGUAAAGUGCGCACAAAGACGGACAAACAAUCUACUCUUCUCUGCGUGCAGCAGGUCUUUGUGGUCUUUUGGUGUAAAUACAGCACAGUUAAUGUGAUUUAUGGGACUAACAGCUGUAUAGUUACUGUGUAGCAGAAACUGCAGUGCUAAUACUCUGCAUUUCAUGUUGCUGUAUCAAAGCUUCUGAAAGCCAUUUCCCAUUAACUCCCCCCCCAUGUUCCCACAUGUACUGUAUGUUGUUUGAUAUGUAUUAUCAUGUACUAUAUCAUAAUUAGAUAUAAAUAUAUAAUUACUUGAGGUGGGGUAAAUAUUUGCCAUGGAUAAAACACAUUCAGUAGAAACAUGCUCUAAUUAGGUGAAUGAAACGUUUGAGGAGGCUGUGUCUCCAUGAGUGAAGUAAACGAGGAAUACAUUUUUGUGUAUUACUUUUUGUAUUAUUUGGUCUUUACCCUAAUAGAUAUUAAACAGUUCUUGUUGCAUCUU